UGUGACGUUCCUGAAUAUAUGGAAUGCAAAUUUUCAUUAUAAAGAGCUUCAACCACAAAACCGGUCUUGGCAGUCGUGGUUGGUGAGAGUGCAGGACACAUCAAGAGAAACUCAGAGUUUUUGACAAAUUUGGACUGUUGAAUCUAGUUGGAUUUAGAUCAACCAAGAAUGUUCCAGCAACUGUCAGGUUUUUUGUUCUUUGUUCUGGUCGGGUAUACCGCUGCAGCUGGGGAUACAAAAUGGGAUCAUACCUCAGACAAAUAUGGAGUCUACACAUGGGCCAAGCAUUUUCCUCACUGCAACGGCAGAAGCCAAUCCCCAAUUGACAUCAAGGAUCCAACCUACAACAAAGACCUAGGAAAUAUCGCCUUCCAAAAUUAUGGCACAAUCCCAUCCAAUGUGAAUGUCACUGCAAAAAAUACCGGUCAUUCGUACAGUGUCUCCUUCACUGGUUUCACUGCCUCAAAAACCCCAAAAAUAAGCGCCGGAGGUUUGCCUGGUGAGUUCAAACUGGCUGCGUUUCAUUUUCAUUGGGGCUCGAAUCAUACCUUGGGAUCAGAACAUUAUGUGAAUGGAAAAUCCUACCCUUCAGAGCUUCAUUUGGUUCAUUUCAAUUCCAAAUAUUCCAGCGUUUCUGUUGGUGUCACGAAAUCUGAUGGUUUGGCGGUCCUUGGAGUGUUACUCAAGCAAGGAAAGAGAAACAGCAAUUUUGACUUUCUUUAUCACGAAAAGAACAACGUGACAGAGCCAAAUUCUGAAGCCAAAUUCAAUCUUACUUCAUUAAUGGGUUUACUUCCCGUUGAUAAAUCGUUCUAUCGCUACAAUGGAUCCUUAACCACACCCCACUGUCAAGAAGUUGUCACAUGGACCGUCUUCUCCCAUCCUGUUGAGAUAGCUCAUGAACAGUUGGAAGAACUACGAAACAUGAAAUUUGUUGACCCAAUGAACAUGACAAAACCAUUGGUUAACAACUACAGACCUAUUCAAGCGCUCAAUGGACGCAUGGUACUAUCCAACUUUGGUAAAACUGCCACCACAACAAAUCCCACAACGUUUACUGCAAAAUCAAAUCCCACAAUGCCUACCACAACAGCUGGUGCUGCUGGUGGAAUGAAUGAAAAUAUGUUUGUAUUUCUUGCGAGUUUGUGCUUAGUUUUAUGCUUGUUCUUAUAAAUAUGAUUCCAAUUUGGACAUGACUGCAUAUAUACCCCUUGUAGCAUGAUUACUUUUAAACACUGCACAGGAACUUUCAGAUAAAAUUAUCACAAUAAACAGCUUAUCCUUGAAGUUUAGAAAUUUAUGAAUAAAUGCACAAGUUUCCAUUUUACCACUGGCGUACUAUAAUUGUGCUUGUGGCUGAUUCAACUUAACAGUAUGAGAAGAUGCAUGAACCAACCUCAAUUGAUAACUUAGAUAACUAGUUUAUUUACUUUAUUUUAGUUAUUUAGGUAAUAAUGCACAAAAACAAUCGGGAAGUUCUUUACAAUACAACUCGCUACAAUCUCUGUCGGACUGCUGGUUUUAUAUUUUAAAAAUGCUGUCAAUUACUGAGAUGUUCCGUCUUCAAAAUUACCACCGUUGAUCCCACAAUCACCUCCUCAGGCAAUCGUAUCCUUCUUUGAUCUACUGUAUCCCUCAUUUAUUACCUCAGGCUUUCAGACUUUCUGUCUCAUGACAUCGUUUUUUUACCCCUCUUCCUCUAGCCCUCAUUUGCAAGUUUUCCUUGCGAGUUUCAUUUGCCGAGUGCCUAGAAAUACUGCUUUUAGUUUUACUAAAUAUCCCCGGCACCGCUAUCAUUUAUCCCCGGCACCGCUAGCAUUUCCGUGACAUUACUGAAUGAUGAGAAAUAUCUAUACCGGAAUAAGCUGAUGUGCAUCAUGAGCCUACACUAUAAUUAUUUGUUCACUACUUCAUAAACAAUUGUCCACCUGGUUAUUUGUUCUGGUAGGAAGCACAGAUAAGCGGCUCAAAAAUCCCGAAUAUUCACUGCGUGCUGGUAGAAAUAAUGAAAUGAGAAACUCCCGUGGCGCUUUCCAGCUAUUAAUAGACACAAUUAAAAAAUUAGUUCAAAACGUUAAAGAAUACCCUUGCUGUAAUUGCAAUCUAGAACUUUCCUAGUUAAUAAAAUUACUUCCGAGUGAUAAAUUCAGACCUAUUCAAGCAUGCACUCAACAGACGUGUGGUGUCAUGCUGGUGGAAUUCAUGAGAAUCAUUUCAUUUUCCCUGUGAUCUUGUGCUUGGCCUUACUCUUGUUCUAAGAAAAAUGUUAUUCAGUCUGGUAGAAAUAGAAGUAACUGCAUUUUGU